UAUUGCCAGAUAUCCGGCAUUGCGCAAUAUUUUGAAAUCAUGUGAAGGACGGAGAACAAGACUUCUAUGCAAGAUGGCAGAGGUGGUUGACGACAACCAUUCUGAUAGCACAGUACAGAACAUGCUAAAAGCAUGGGAAGAAGGAUUGUAUUGUGAUGUUACAUUAAAAUGUGGAGCAAAACAAAUCACAGCGCAUAAGAUUGUUCUGGCGUCAUUAUCUGACUAUUUCAAAAAUCUUUUUAAAUAUCAUAAUAAUCAAAGUGACACUCAUAUUGAAGAGUAUGAUUUAGAUCCUAAUUUUUUCAAAGAGGACACGUUAAAUCAAAUUAUCCGAUAUGGCUACACCGGUAGAAUAAAAAUAGAAGUUGGAUUUGUUCAAGAAUUACUUAUGGCAGCAAGUUUUCUGCAAAUAAAAUUUGUUCUAACUGAAUGUGAAACGUUCAUGACACAUAAUAUCGAAACUGACAAUGUGAUUGCCUUAGUUUCUUUCAGUAAUCUGUUUAAUUUGAAAUGUUUAUUGGAUGCAGUAUGCAGUUUUAUUUCUAAAGAUUUUAAAGACCUUAUUGAUAAUGGAGCAUUUUUGAAGUUAUCAACAGACGACUUUAAAACAGUGCUACACAAUAAUCAUUUGACUGUUUUUGAUCAUGAUGUCCCUGUAGAAAAUCCUGAACUAGAAAUAUUAAAAUUAGUUGGUGUGUACCUUAGUAUUACGAGUGUCAGUCAUUUUGAUUUCAAAGCAUCUACCGUACCUGAGUUGCUUGGGGAAAUCCGUUUCAGUGAUAUACACAACCCCGAAGAUUUAAAAUCAGUUGCCGAUCUUUAUCCGAUUUUAAAUUGUGAUUUGCUACAGAAUGCCAUAACUGCUGAAUCAAACACGAAAUCCGAUCUAUUUGAUCGCAAGUUUGCAAACUGUCGUAAAACGCUUCAAACUGGAAGAAAAGGUUUUGCUUGUGGUGGGCAGGAGCAUCAUGUUCUUGAAGAGUUUUCUGAAGCUUGGGAAGAUGGCAAGGAUAUAAAUGACAGACCUAUAAACUUCAAGCUGUGGAUAAGGAGGUGGGAUGGUCGACCAGUUUUAGGGGGAAUUUAUGUACAAUAUCGAAGUGGGAAACUUUUAAUUUACGGCGAAAAACCAAAGUUAGAAUCAAUAUUUGUGUCAGAACAUGAAUUUUCACUGGAAGAAAAUGAAGUUAUCACUCAAAUAAAUGUUCGAAGUGGGUGGAUGAUUGACAGCUUAAAAUUUUUCACUAACUUUGGACGAGAAUUUGGUCCAUUUGGGGGCUCUAGUGGAUCAGAAAUUACUGCAUCAUUGAAUAAUGAUGGAAUAAGUUAUUUACAUUCCUUGGAUGGAAAGGUAGUUAUGGCCCAGGGUUAUCUUGGAAUUACGUGUUUGAAAUUUGUAUGGGUGAGUUACGAUGAAAAUCAGUGUAAUGAAAUGACCAUACACAGUGACAGUGACGGGUCUGAUAGUUUAGUCCAGCAGCUAAGUCCAAUAUUUUGGGACUAUUGAUCACUUUAUGGUAAAAGCAUGAAACUUUGCACAGUGUUAGUUAUGAUGCUUAUAAACAUUUUUAGAUAUGGAGCCAUAAAAAAAAUCCUCAAUGGCCGCCAACAGUCAUGAAGCAGAGUCCAAAACUAUAGUAUGAUUUAUCAUUUGAAAAUUAAAGCAUAAAACUUUGCAUAUUGCUAGUCAUGAUGAUUAUUUAUCUUUUCUGAAUGUGGAACAAUAAAAAAAAAUCCAUAAUGGCCGCCAAUUUUAAAAAUGGCCGCCGACAGUCAUGAGGCAGAGUCCAAAAAUAUGGUAUAAUUUAUCAUUUGAAAAUAAAGCACAACACUUUGCAUAUUGUUAGUAAUGGUGCUUAUUAAUUUUUCAUGUAUAUGGAACAAUUAAAAAUAAUUCCAUAAUGGCCGACAAAUUCAAAAUGGCUGCCAACAGUC